AUGGAUGCCCUGGACGGGAUAAUACGGAUCUGGGCCCGUGGACAUCGGAAUCUGUUUGAUGAUGAUUCUGACUCUGGCUCCUAUGCAGAUUCAAUGGACUCCCUAAAUAGUUUUUUCGAUGAUCACCCAUAUUUGCAUCCAUCCAGACCAGAUGUGCGACAUUCAAAAUUGCCUAACUUUCAGAAGGAAAAACCGAAAGAAGUCCUGAAAUUGAUGGAUUUGGCUGCCAAAGUGACAGCUCAACACUAUUCCUGUGAGAGUAUUGAGACUCAUAACCCUCCUCUUGAUGAAGCUUUGUUAAAAAAGGUUUCAUUCUGGGCUUUCCCUCAGGAUGAGAAAAAGGUAAAAAUAUAUGCAAGGUUAAGUCUAAAAUCAGAAGAAGAAUGGAGGAGAGGAGAAAGUUUUUAUGAAGAAGAAAGAAUUCAGGACAUCAGACAAGUUGGGUUUAUGGUAUCGGCUAUCAUCAACAAGCAGGUUUCCAAAGUAUCUGUGACAUUUGAAAAACAACAGAUUACCUCUUCAAAAUGUGCUAUAUGUCCACAAGCGAUAUGGUGUCCACAUAUCAUUGCUGUCAUUCUCCACAGAAUUCGAUAUUCAGAUAUGAUUUCUGUGCAUGCACCUGUAACAGAGACGCUGUCUACUCUUACACGAGACCAGCUGCAGAAGCUACUACAGUAUGCUAUAAAUGAGGACCCAGCAGGCAUCCUCGGAAGAGUGUUUCAACAUAUUGAUGCUCUGAGAGAUGCAACAUCGAACAUGAACUGUGUACAAGGAGCCCCAGAUCCAACAUUUGGGGUCAGUAAAGAUGACAAGUUAACAUGGAGCCUCUCCUUAGAUUUACUCAAGAAGAACUUAAUGGAUGACCUGAGGCUUGGAUAUCGGAGUUAUCCUGAUUCAUGUAAUAUUGUUGAAAAGAUGAAAUCCACAUUCUUUGACCAAUAUUUUCAACGGGUAAUGGAACUUAUUGAGAAAGAAGAAUCUGGUGCUGCAGGGGAAGUGCUGGUCACUAUUGCUGAAAGUGUUCUAAAUGUUAUCCACAGCCAGCGAUCUCCAAGCAACAUGUUGAAAAGGAUAUUGUAUGACUGUGAACGACUCUUCAGCUGCUUCAUCGUGUCCUGUCCUGAUGAAUUGAAGCAGCAGAUUCUCUCUAAAGCCAUCAUGCUAAAUGAAAGAGCGAGACGAUUAACUCCAAACAUAGAGUUCACCAAACCUAGUUUAUGGGCAGAGAUAGGGUCUAUCAAACUGCCCUGGGAGGAUGAUAAAGACGGUGUGAUGGGAGAAGCAUUUAGAGGUUUUCCAUUCUAUCAGACAGUCUGUGCUAGUCUGAUCACCAACCCACCUCAGUCACUACAGGAUGUGCUUUGCUGCAGAUGUUCUAUCACCAACAGCAGUUAUGAGGAACCUCUGCCUGUAAUGCUGAUGAGAUUGGAUUGUUUCAUGUGUUUGGAACCCACAUUGUCUGGAAGAAAACUGCAAACUUUAACAGCAGUUAUGAGGAACCUCUGGAUUAUGAUACUGAAAAAACUUCUUGCACUCUCUCUAGAACUUUCAAUUCUGGGGACAAAAGUGUCUACAACUGACACAGGCGCUGGUGUACAACCUGAUGAUGGGCCAAGUGAAGAAGGACCGACCAGGGCAAAGCGAAGAAAACAAUCCACUAGAAAAGGGAAGGCCAAGAAAUCUACUGUACCUCAUAAGGCUUCAGUGUCUAGCCUUACUCAGCACGAGUUAUGUGAUCAGAUAGAAGGACUUACAAAGGCUCAAAUAUCCUACUGCCUGCUGUAUGUGAGCUACACUGUGAGCAAGACACUGGAUGAACGUCAUUUAGACAGUGAAGAAACACCGAUAUUACUGGAUGCAAUUCUGCGUGCUGUUGAGUUAGGCAGAUUCCGAAGUGUAGCUCCAAAACUUGAGAUAACAACAAAAGACUACAGAUGGCUAUUGUUCUUGGAGAACAAAAUAGAGGAAACUUUCACAAAAGUUGCUCCUAUAUGGCUAGAGAGUGAAGGAAAUGUGACAGAUAUGUACAUGUCGGCUUUAUUUGAGAGAGGACUACAGAUGUAUGGAGACAAUGUGCCUGUUUCCCUCAUAAGCAUGUUGCUUUGUGUUGGAAAAAAGACAAAACAGAUGAUUAAACUAUGUACAGAUACAAUCUGUCAUUCCUUGCAUCCACUCGCACUUCUAACCAUUCCAGACAGUAGCUAUGGAUAUAGAUCUGAGAACUACAACAACAAGGACAAUCUUGUGAAGAAGUGGACAAGUCUUAUCACUUGUGUGUUUAACUUCUGUACAGCAAACUCAUCAGCAAAGCACAACUCGAUACUAACAAGGAUUCUGAAGCAUUUAGGGCAGGUUGAUGACUGUGACUACUUGAUGGCUGCCUACAGUGUGAUUCGGGGCUUUCAGUCUACUCUUGUGGAGAAGGAACACAUGGUGCUACUGGUUAAGGUAGUUCUACAAGGUGUCCAUUACAGUAUAUGUGGAUCUUGGAACAACUUCUUCACCUAUUCACCAAGUACUUGGGACACCCUCACCAAACUUGGCAGACAACUGGAUAUGGAGUUUCCCAAGCUCAUCCUACCUGUGUGGCUAAAGCUGUGCAAGUUCUAUAACUCCUCUCAACUCAAAGGUAUCAUUGAGGUGAUGAAGGAUGCAAUAAAGAAGGAAGCCAUGCUGCCGACAGAGAUGACAAACAUGCUUCAUAAGUACUUUGAAUCAAAAUUUCGUCAUGAUGAAGAGUGUUGUGACUUGAUGCACUUUUUCAAAAUCACCGAUAAAGGCUACCAACAGGCCCUGAAAAAGAUUUCUGCAAACUCUGAAAAUUACACCCCCAAAGCACUCCUCCUCAUUGCCAAGAGACAAGUUGAGGAAACUCCUACCUCAAAAAUCAAAGCUGGAAAUAUCUUUCAAAAAGAUGUGUUCAAUUUAAUUAGACUUGCAUUUAGUCGCCUCCAGGUGCUCAACAAAGACUACCCAACGAAAUUCUCUUACCUUGAUGCAGGAACUCUCAACUACCUCAAGUAUUUUUUUGAGAAACUUGCAGAGAAAGACAGUCAAGAUGCAGCUUCUGGAAAACAAUUUCAGAAUUUCAUGACACACUUGUCAGGCAGCUUGAAGGGAGAUGCUGAAGUGCUUGUCACAUUCCUAAGAUCUUUGGAGAAGACUGAGCACAUGCUCCCAAAAGCUAAGGAGAAGCUUGGAACAAAGCUUAUUGAUUGCUUCCAAAGGCAGUUUGACUAUGAACUUAGGCACUGCAAUCACACUUGUUAUCACCGUGUUCUGGGGGAAAUGACGAUAGCAAGACAAACAUGUAUACAGUUUGUAGACAAUGGUGCUAUGCUAUUUCGCACAGCUGUCACAAACUUUGUCUCUCUCAAACACAAGGGUAAGAAAAAAUUCAUCAAGCUCAUGGAUGAGUAUUUCAAAGAUUUGAAUGUUGAUUGAACAAUGUGUGAAUUUGUGUGUUUAAGGGUAUAUAUUCGGUACAUUUGAGAGUGUCCAAAUAACUUAUGGAUGCUGUAUGAAUUAUACUAGUGCCAAAGUAUAUGACAUUUGCAUUGUUAGGUCAUCUGAACUGAAGCGUCAAGAUGACCUAUAGGCAUCAUGCUUUGUUAGUCAUUGUGCAUAAACUUUUCUUUAAAACCGUAUUCCUUUUUCGUACCUUGAUGGAUUUCAACCAGAUUUGGUCUUAUGCAUCAUAAGGUGAAGUUUAUCAUUUCUUAAAAUCAGAAUUUUGAUUCGACCUCUAGGGGCAGAUUAAGGGGACCCCAAAGGGGGAGAUGCUCAAAUUAGAUUUAAAACCCUACUCCUCCUUUCUGCCUGGUUGGAUUUCAACAAGCUGUGGCCUGAUUCAUCAGUUAGGGUAGGCAAUUAUUUCUUAUGUUCAGAAAGUUGAUGUGACCCCUAUGGACCUGGGGGCCUGGGGGAGGACGUAGCUCUAAAUGGGGAAGCUAGUCAAUGUUCUGCUUCAAAAUGCUAUUUUCUUAAUGCUUAAAUCGAUUUCUACCAAAUUUAGUCUAAAUCGUCAUGGAGAUUGAGGAUUCAAAGUUGCUUGACCUCUAGUUAAUAGGAAUGACCUUGAUCUGCUUGAAAGGUCACAGGGAUCAAAUGCAUUGAAAUGCUUAAAUUACUACUUCUCAAUAACUAAAAGGCCCAGGGUGCUGAUAUUGGACCAACUUUCAAGGUCACAGGGAUCAAAUGCGUUAAAAUGCUGAGGCAACUUCUUUUCAAUAACCAAAAGGCCAAGGGUCUUGAUAUUGGGCCUGUAGCUUGCUUUUUCAACAAGCAAUAUGUUUGGAGAAAUGGCAAUUGUUUAGUGCAUUUAUAAAGAAUAUAAUUUCAAGAUUGCAGAAAAUGAAGAUGUAAGCUGUAGAGUAAUUACACGAUUUAUUUUAAGCCUUUUUGCCCCUUUCAUAUAUAGGCCUUUAAAGUCAGAUGACCGUUAAGGCCAGUGGGCCUCUUGUUAACUUAUGACAUUGGUUAAGCUUUAGUGCAGGAUUACUAAUUGUAAUGGAGAUUGUGUGAGGAUUUUUUUACACAGAUGUGUUGCAUCAAGCAAUCAAAGUAGAUGUUAUGUUGUGAUAUUAUAUGUCCGAGUUCUGAUCAAACUAUGAAUUUGAUUUAGACAAAUAUGUUGAUGGGUCUGCCGAUGCAUGUAAUACAUAUUCAUCCUCAAAAGACCAGACAUUUUAAUAAAGUCAGCUCAAUGCUGCAAAGAUUUUGUGUGAAAUAUAAUUGAGAAACUGUUAAUUGCUCAAUAACUAGAGAAGUUAUUCGCUGGCAAAGAAUUGUGCACAGGCAAUUUUAUUUUACAUACUUUCUUUCAAAGCUUUACCACCAUUACAUGUAUUUGAUAGAAAUAUGUUACACACAAUAGCACUAAGGGAUAAUUAGCACAACCUCAGAAAUGAUGCUAGAAACGAUUGACCUUGCAAUCAAAAUAUACAAUUCUUUCUAAUUUAUAGUCUCUUUAUCUGUGUCUAUCUGUGUAGAGGGAUAAGAUAUGUUUUGUGUUUUUGGAUUUCUAGCAUAAUAAUUAGUAUGACAAGGACAUUUCUGCUGUAGAAUCUCGCCCCCUUUAAAACUUCUGUGAUAUCUAUUUGAUUACCUACAAUUAAGAAAUUUUGUCGUGUAACAUACAAAUUAAGUGACAAAAUGACUUCUGCUUUGGAAAUUGAUGUUAAGUCACCAAAAAAAAGCUGGAAACUUGCUUCUUUCACCUUAAAUUGAACUGGAAGCCUUACCUUAGUUGCUUCUGGCAGGGUCUAUUUGAAAUGCCAUAUAUUUCAUGGGUAUGGAAUGAUACAGUGCUAAUUCUCUUGAGAUGUAAUAUGCUAGAAUGAUAGGUUCUUUGUUUUUUUUUCUUUCAACAUUGGAGGUAAAAUGGUGGAUCUCAACUGGAUAGGGAAUGGUGUAGUUUGCAAACACCAGGCUUGUAUUUUUUUUUUUUGUCCCAGUGCUUAGCACCAUUAACAUGAUGUGAUAGAUCCCAACCCUCAACCCCCAUCCCAAAGCAAGGGAACAAGGAAUUUUCACACUUGUACAAAGUGUAAUAUACCUUUCCAGGGUAGAAUGAUUGUGUCCUACCCCACUAAAUACUGCAUCUUCUUUGGUCCAUAUCACCUUUUGAUCUGUUGAAUUAUUGAAAUUAGCCUUUCUUUUUGCAACAAAUUUCAGUUUUCAUUCAUGUUUUGUCUGCGAGAUCAUGUUUGGUUUAUCUUCACUUGUGCUUGUGUUGUUAGGCUAUUUUUCUGUAAGCUGUGCCCAUUUUGGUAUUUAAUUAUGACUAUAUAUGGCAGUGCAACAAUUUUAUUGGUCACAGGGAAUCAGCUAGCCUGUGAUUGAUUAUUUUAGUUUUUCAUUACUAGCUAAAAGAAAGAAUAAACAAACAUUGUAUUUGGGAAAUAGUAUCCUUUUAGGAUCAAUUUAAAUUACCCUUUUGAGAAGAUACUCAUAUGAUUCAAAUACACAUUUUUGUGGACCCCUGCUCGUGCUAAUAUAGUUCAGGUCCUCACAUUUCAUUGUAUUGUGAUCACCUUUCUAGCAGUUUUAUGCCCCCUGCGCUUGAAAGAUAAGUGGGGGGCAUAUUGGUUUAGUUUAUCUGUUGUGAACCUUAACCUUGUCCAUAACUAUUGCACAUUAAGAGGCAGGACUUUCAUAUUUGGCAUGUGAUUUCCUUGUGAUAAGACCAAAAUUUCUGACCAUGUGACUCUGAAAGUGACCUUUGACUUACAUUUGAAAGUUUUGAACCAUAACUAUUGCACAGUAAAAGGUGGAGCUUUCAUAUUUUGCAGAUAUGUUCUUUAAGACAGGAGUUUUCAAGUGGUACCAAAAUAUCUGACCAUGUGAACUUGACUGACCUUUGACCAAUUUUUGGAAAAUGUUGGCAUUUGCCAUAACUAUUGCAUCAGAAGAGGUGUUGCUGUUAUAUAUGGCAGUUGUGUUGGUUGUGAAAAGGCCUAUCCAGUGGGACCAAAAUUAUUCACCAUUUGACCUUGACCAUGACAUUUGACCUUCAUUUGAAAAACUUCUACAUUGGCCUUAACUAUUGUACUUUAGGUAGGCUUCAUUAUUAUGUUUCCGGAAGGGAGAACACAUAGUCACCGCUUUGUCUGUCUGUCAUAAUUUUGUCCAGAGCUGAACACAAAAACUAUAGAAGGUAUUAACAUGAAACUUCAUAGGUAGAUAUAUCUCAACAAGGAGAAGUGCAGUGAAUGAGAACUAUCACUCUCUUAUGCAUCAUUUCUGAGUUAUUGCUCUGUUAUUUUUCAUACUUAAAUUUUGUCUGGAGUCUCGGGAAUCAACAGGAAGCUUAUUACACUAAAACUAUAAGAGGUAUCAACAUGAAACUUCGUGGGUAGAUAGAUCUCAACAAGGAGAAGUGCAGUGCACUAGAAGUAUAACUCUCUUAUUGUCCUUUGUAAUUUUUCAUACUUAAAUUUUGGCCCAAUCAGGGAGCAUGUCCAGUCUCUGACGGCUCUUGUUUUACAGAGUUAUGCCCCUUGAAAUUCGAAAUUGAAUUGUUUCUUCUUUUUGUUCAUUAACUCUGCAACAGGUGCACAUAUUGAACAAUUUGCAGUUUUGCAUAAAACCACAUUUUUUGCAUGUGUGUAAGAUCUACAUGGUGGUUUGCCUCAGAGGUGAUGUAGAAGACUUUCAAUUCUUAAAUGGAGUUUCAGUCCUUGAGCGAGUUAACACUACAUUUAUGGCAAGUUGUGAUUACUAGUAUUUGGCUUUACAUAGCUUCUAAUCCCAUCAUUUGCUGAUCUCGGUUUCUUUACACAGCACAAUUUUAACAUCCCUCUUCAAAGUUUUGUUGCAAUCAGGGCAUAGUGUUUCAUAAAUACAUUAUUUUUUGCUCCACACUAUUACUUUACAUAACUUACCAUAAUAAGUGUCCUUUUAGAUAAAGAAUGGCUUCAAUAUUGAUUUUGUUUCACAUUUGUUACAUUUAAAUGCUUAUAUUCCAUUUCAUUAUAAACCUAUCUGAAAGAAAAUGUCUGAAACUGUGUAAUUGGAUGAGGAAGUGUUAUCUAGUCUGUCUUGGUGUAGUGAUGCUUGUGGGGAUAAGAAGUUCAGCAGGAGCCAACAUAUCUCAAUAAAAGUUAUUUGUUAAUGAA